CUAGUAGUUUACAAAACAUUACAUCAUCUCAAUUCCAUUUCGGACUGGUACGUCGUCGAAUUUCUGUUGGAUUCCACGUGCGUUGCGCACUGACCAUCGAUAGUCGGCCGUACGGUACCGAGUAAAUUUACGUCCAAGUCCCACUCAGCCGUUGCCACCAUGAUCAAGUCCAAGUCGUUUCUGUCCCUGACGUGCUUGCUGAAGGAGACCCGGCGGCCUUUGAGCGCCAAACUAGAACCCAUCAAAAUGUCUUACACCUCAUACGAGUCGGCCGCCGACGAUGGACGAAAACCGCCGAUCAUCAUCAUGCACGGUCUGUUCGGCUGCAAGUCCAACUGGAACAGUCUGUCCAAAACCCUCCACAACAUGACCCACAGAAAAGUAAUUACUGUUGAUGCACGAAACCAUGGAGACUCACCACAUACUUUAGAGCAAUCAUAUCAGCUUAUGGCUGAAGACGUUAAAUUUUUAAUGGAAGACCUAGGUGUGAAAAAGGCUUCAUUGAUUGGUCACAGCAUGGGUGGCAGAACAAUGAUGUACUUAGCAGUCAUCUAUCCAGAACUUGUGGAAUCCUUAAUACCAGUUGAUAUAUCACCAAUAAAUAGCAAAGAAGUGAGUGAUAUCCAAAGUGUUAUAGAUGUCUUAAGAGGUGUUAAUUUAGAAGUUAAUGGACCUAUAUCAAAAGUUCGGAAAUUGGCAGAUGAACAUAUGAAAAGUUCGAUAGAGAGUCCGGUACUUCGACAGUUCCUCCUAACCAAUCUUAUCGAAGUGAACCAAAAAUACAAAUGGCGUAUAAAUUUGGAAUCCAUCAAUAUUAAUUUUAAAAAUAAUCUUGCAGUGUUUCCACCUAUUGAAUCAACAUAUGAUGGUCAAACAUAUUUCAUUGGAGGCGGAGAUUCAGUUUUUUUGAAACCCGCAGAUCAUGAGGCCAUCAAACAGAUAUUUCCCUCAGUUAAAUUUGAUUAUAUACCUGGUGCUGGUCAUUGGUUACAUGCUGAAAAACCUCAUGAGUUUUUGAAAUUGGUCACACAGUUUUUAGCUACUGUAUAGAAAUAUUAUUUUUAUUUUUCAACUUGUUAAUAGGUUUUGUGUUCAAUGUUACCUUAAUAAUACUAAGUAAGACUUGUUCUGUAAAAAAUAUAAUAGUUUCUUCAUUCAAACUUUUAAGUCUGAAAAAACUUUUACCCAUUUACUAAGCAAAUGGUAAAAUUUGUUAUUUGAAAAUAUCAAAUAAAUUCCUUUGUUAAAUAUCA